UCGACUUCAGUUUCGUUCACCACAACGCAGUGAACACAGAACACUGAAACGCGCAACAAGUAUAAUAAAACGUUGUCUUCGGAUAGAAUAUUAAAAUAUAAGUGAAAAGUCUUUGAUAAAAAAUAUAUAUUUUCACGUUGAGAGAAGAAAGCUUAUUGAAUGAAAUCAAAUCGGUUCGUUUGUUGGUUUCGAGUGCAAAGUAUAUUGUUUUCUUCUUGAUUGUCGUUAUCUAAAAAAAAAAAAAACAGAAAUCAGAUACUAAACACGGUUGAACAGUGUGAGAACGUCUAAAAUUAAUUAAGUUAAUUAGCCGAUUGAUAGAGUGAGCGAAAAGUGAAUUAAAAAGAAAAUUUAAAUCUGGAGAUAGAAUUUAAUUAACUAAAUCAAAUUUUGUAUACAACGAAGUUGUAAAAAGUCACCAGUAUUAUUAACUUUUCAAUGAUCACGCAUAUGAUCUAUUUUUGAACAAAUCAAAAAAACAACAAAAUCAACUAGGCAUAGACUGCUGAACUGACUUAUUAUUUUUUCUUCCAACUUGUGUAAACAAUCAAUCAAACUGGCAUCGAUUUUAGUAAAAUCUCGAUCGCAAAGCUUGACCGAUUCGAGUAGUAGCUUUGCAUCGGACAGUCGUAGUGAAAGUACGAAGCGCAGUACAACAUCGUCGUCAACUGAAUCGUCCGAAAUGCCUGUGCCACAAAUAAAAGUGCCAAUUAAGAAAAUGAAUGACACAACGUCAUCAGCCAGUACGGGCUCGAAUAGUGAAUCAUCCGAUCCGUUAGAGUCAGAUUUCAGUGAAGGUGAAGAUCGGAAAGACUCUGAUGUUGAUGACGAUGAUGUGGAUGAUGAUGAGGAUGACGAAGAAAAUACCAAGGAGUACGAAAUUGAUGACUUCCAGAUCAUUAAAACAAUUGGAACCGGAACAUUUGGACGGGUAUGCCUUUGCCUCGACAAAAAAACAGAGACAUUUUGUGCAAUGAAAAUUUUAGCCAUGGCUGACGUAAUAAGACUGAAACAAGUGGAGCAUGUGAAGAACGAGAAAAGUAUUCUAUCAGAAAUAAAUCAUCCGUUUAUCGUUAAUUUACGCUGGUACACCAGAGAUGAUUGCUGUUUAUACAUGCUAUUUGAAUAUGUAGUUGGUGGCGAGCUAUUCAGCUAUUUAAGAAACGCCGGAAGAUUUAACAGUUCAACUGCAAACUUCUAUGCCAGUGAAAUCGUUUUGGCUCUAGAGUACCUUCAUUCUAUGUCAAUCGUGUAUCGCGAUCUGAAACCAGAGAACCUAUUAAUCGAUCGAGACGGCCAUUUAAAAAUAACAGAUUUUGGGUUUGCCAAAAAACUUAAGGACCGUACAUGGACUCUAUGUGGAACGCCUGAAUACUUAGCACCCGAAAUAAUACAAUCCAAAGGACACAACAGAGCCGUCGAUUGGUGGGCAUUAGGUGUACUGAUAUAUGAAAUGUUGGUUGGCUAUCCCCCGUUCUACGAUGACAAUCCGUUCGGUAUUUACGAAAAGAUUCUAAGCGGCAAAAUUGACUGGGCCAGGCAUAUAGAUCCGAUAGCCAAAGAUUUAGUAAAGAAACUUCUAGUGCCAGACCGAACAAAACGAAUGGGAAAUAUGAAAAAUGGUGCCGAUGACAUUAAGCGACACAGGUGGUUCAAACACUUGGAUUGGGAUGAUGUUUAUCACAAAAAAUUGACGCCACCAAUGAUACCGAAAGUCAGCUUCGCUGGUGAUUCGAGUAAUUUUGAUGAAUAUCCAGAAACGGAUUGGCGGGCAGCCAGAUCUUUAGACAAAAUUGAGUUGCAGCUGUUUGAAGAUUUCUAAUGUCUACAGAAGCCAAAAUGGUUAUUAUAUGGCAGAGAGAAUUCAUGUCAUAUAGUGUCAAUAGAUACAACAGUGGUGUGCUUUUGUAAUAUAAUUUUUAGUUUCUUCGUUUUUGUUUUUCUUUUCUUUCAAAAUAAUUAUUUUGUUUUUGUUAAUAUCUUUUUCUCCUUCGGAAUGGAUGUACGAAGAUUGUUAUAAAGAUUGUUAAUUUGAGAAUUUUUACGACUGUUUUUAAACUUAAAAUUUAAGCUGUUUCUUGAUGCCAUUUUGUUGAAAAUUAAUUCAAUCUAACGGACCCAAAAUUUACGGAAUCUGAUCACACAGGAAAUACAAUGUAAGCGACAACAUUUUUAAUGAAAUUUUAUUUUCAGUCUUCUGUUUAAGAUUUUUUUUUUAAAUUUCUUCAACGACAUUGAAUUAAAAUUAAUUUAUGUUCCUUUUCAUCCGGAGUAUUUUUUUAAGAGAAACGACACAACUCUGAUAACGACUCACUGCACAAGACUUCUUUUAUAAAUAAAUAAAAAAUCAGAUAAAUGAGUGUUUGCCAGAGUGUGGUGUGCUUGUUGUUGUUAAUAUAUCAAGCGCUUUUGAAUUAUUCUACCAUUUUAUUAGGUAAAAUCUUUUCUUUAAACUCAAACAUUAUUGACUCUUUUCACUCUUCUUUUAUUCAGACUAUUCUAAGUACUAAAAAAUCAUUUUCAAAAUACUAAUCUGGUCGCACACCUUCACCAUAAUCAUUAUAAUUAUUAUAGAGAGAUAGUAUCUUACCUCCUUGUUCUAAGCAGUUUUAAAUGCGAUUGAUGCAAAAUCUUUUAUGUAGCUAGCUUCAACUAAGAUGCUAAAGAUCAUUGCUUAUUUUACUCGAGUGAUGACGAUAACAGCUGAUACACGCCCGUUCUUUAAUCGUACUAAAUGUCACUAUUUAAAUGUCUCCAAUCAAUAUCAGAUAAGUAUUAUCUUAUGAGAUAGAAACGACAAAGGUAGUUAGUUCACAGUGGCUAGUUUAGUAUCGUUACUUAAACUUUGGUAAACUCUUGUGUUUUUCGAGAAUGAUAAUCGAAUGUUGACAACAUGUUCAGUUGGUUUCAAAUAACUAGAACCAGAGCCGGGUUACUCAAUGGGCAAAGUGGGUGCAGGGCGCAGCCCAGUGUGCUUGGAAGGCUUAGGGCGAUAAGAGGUGAGAAAUUUAGGCGCUCAGAAGUGAGAAAUCAAAUUGAAAUUAGAAAAUCGCAAAAACUUUUCUCUCGCUCCGUUCGCGAUCAUUAACUCACUAAUUCAGUGUUACAUGCCCAGGGCGCUAGAGUCCUUAAUCCGGCCAUGAAUAGAACAGAUUUAUAUUUUAUCCUCGUUGUUUCUAAUACAAUGGUGUUGAAGGGUAUUGAUUAUUGAAUUUUUAAAGCAAAAAAAUCAGAUAAAAAACAAAUUCCUGUCUCCAUAUUUGCCAAAACUUUUAAACCAUUGACAAAGUAAUUAAAAGUGGAAAUUAUUUUGCAUUACUGUAUGAUAAAAGAAAAAUUUAAUUUCCAAUACUUAAACAGAACAAUUCGCUCAUUGCUGCCGUAAUUUGCAUAAGUAACU